GUCAGAUUCCGUCUCCUUCUCCGUUUCCUUCUCUCCUUUUCUUUCUCUCGCACAAAAAUUACCUUCCAUGGCUCUUCCUCACCAUUUAGAUCCACACCUUCAUGACUCGAAGAAUUUCAGGGACUUUUGCGGGAUCGACGGCCAGAUUCCUCUCGAAUUAGGGUUUGACAGCUCCACGAAUCUCCAUGAUCAGUCUCAGCAUCCUCCGUAUAUUCCUCCUUUUCAUGUUGCUGGUUUUGCGCCCGGACCGGUUAUGCAAAUCGACGGUUCCGAUGGUGGCGGCACCGACUUCGAGUGGAACUAUGGCCGGAAAAGAGUAAAGGAACAAGAUUUUUUCGAGAUGUCUUCAAUUGAUUUUUGGCAAGGCCGGUCUGUAUCAACCGGUUUGGGUCUCUCACUUGACAAUGCUCGUAUUGCUUCCUCUGAUGGCUCUGCUUUGUUGUCUCUCGUUGGAGACGAUGUUGAUCGUGAGUUACAGAGGCAAGAUGCAGAAAUCGAUAGAUUUCUCAAGAUUCAGGGGGAUCAAUUACGACAUUCGAUUCUUGACAAGAUCCAGAGGAGUCAGCAUAAAACUGUGUCACUUAUGGAGGAAAGACUUGUUCAGAAGCUUCGUGAGAAAGACGAGGAGCUAGAGAUGAUAAACCGAAAGAACAAGGAACUCGAGGUGAGAAUGGAACAGCUGACAAUGGAAGCCGAGGCGUGGCAACAACGAGCGAAGUACAACGAGAACAUGAUCGCUGCUCUCAACUACAAUCUCGAGCGAGCUCAUGGUGGUCGGCCUAGAGAUAGCAUUGAAGGGUGUGGAGACAGCGAGGUGGACGACACAGCUUCUUGCUUCAAUGGAAGAAACAGUAACAACGGUAAGACGACGAUGAGGAUGAUGUGCAGGUUUUGUGGAGUGAGAGAGGUGUGUAUGUUGUUGUUGCCUUGUAAGCAUAUGUGUUUGUGUAAGGAGUGUGAGAGGAAGCUUAGCUCUUGUCCUUUGUGUCAAUCUUCCAAGUUUCUUGGGAUGGAAGUAUACAUGUGAUGUGAUAAUUUGGACCAAAAACCUAAAAACUCUAAUUAGCUAACGAACUCUUUUGUAAUCCGCCUUGUUUUAUUUUGUAUGUUAAUAUUAUCUUCUAUUA